AUGGACUCAUCUGCGAUGUUGACCGAUUUGCCACUGUCACAAAGCAAUACGUCGUUUGCUAGCAUAUCGUCCUCUGCCUUGUUCCCUUCGUCCAUCAGCUCGACACUCCUAAGCUCACGGUCGUCGUCGUCGUGUGUGAAAAGUGGCAUCUCAGGUGUUGCAGUUUGUGGCGAGACCAUUCAAGGCUCAUCCAAGGACACAAACACCAUGACAACCACGAGCUUCGAUUCCGCCGGGACUACAUUGCCUCCAAUAGCUAUUUUCGGGACCUUGACACCUCCUGACUUGCCAGAUGGCUCGACCUUGCGUAUCAUUGUCGUCUCAGUACCCAGUUCGAUCACGACUACAACCUCAUCAACAAUUCAUUCCAUCACCAAGUCAAUUGCGACUCUGACUGUUUUCGUUUCAACCAGUGUUGAACCAACUACGAGUAAAACAUCAUCAUCAUGGGUUGCGAGUGUUAUUGAGAGUGUCAAACAUUCUUCUUCCUCAACGUCUGUCGCACCGGUCCCAGUCACCAAAACGACAUUGGCUACAACAGCGCGAACCACCACCACGACGUCUUAUCCCAUUUCCACAAUCAUUUCUACAUCAAGUAAUCCGUCGGAUAGGUUUUCAGCCUUGUCAUCGACACUGUCCCACAUGACACCCUUGACGACGUCCUUUGUUUCCGUGCAGCCUGUGCAGCCAUCCUCAGCCUCAGUUGCAGAGCCGAAUACUACUCCUGCUCCUGCGACGUCAUUCACCAGCACAGCUCCAUCGACUUCACAAACCCCUACCUUGGGAUCCACCUCGGACCAAUCUCAGUCUCACUCACAUGCCGUAAUAUUCAUCGCUUUACCGGUGGCACUUGGUCUUGCAGCACUCGGUUUGGCAUUGUUGUUUCUCUGGCGCCGAUUUGCCCCCACGUCGUUCUACAAAGCACAAGGCAAGACCCCGGGAUACGCGGCGUUUAGACACUGGAAAGGCAGGCGUAAGAGAGAACGUCGCACGCGCAGCCUGCGCACGAUGGAGGCAUUGUCUCACUCGGAGAGCGGCUACAGUGGUUAUCAUGGGUACAAUGGCUUCCACGCCGAUUUUAUCGGUGGAGAUACAUUCGCGCGACGUCUCAGACAGUACGAGCAAGAGUCGAUGCGUGCACGAGAGAAAUUCAGCUUCGAAGCGCCGGCCACGCCACUCUCGGGUGGAGGAGGAAUCAACAAGAAGGCGACCGGUGGUGGUGCCGGUGUUGGCAGCGUCAAUUCAAGCCCGUGGUACAAGGGCAAAGGUGCCGCCGCCCCCGCGACUCCAAAGAGGAGCGUGGAAUCGUUGAAGACAGUCACCCCGGGUGGUGCUGGUGCCGGUCUUGGUGGAGGAGAGAGCAGCGGCGCCGGUCGACGCAUGUUCGGCCCAUUCAAGAAGGAGUUUAACGAGGAGACGGGCAGCUUGGAGAGUUGGGAGGAGAAGUGGUUCUCGUUGGGCAACGAGGAGGGGGGGUCGGGGGGUGAUUUCGAGAUGAAGAGCAUGAAGAAGCCCUUUGAGGGCCACGCGGAGCGCGUCGCCGGGCCGGGCAUGUCCUGGCGCAAGUUGGUUUAG